AUGAGCGAAGGACUCGUUCGUAAAGCAACAGGUAAAGAAAUUGACGAGCCUCUGUACAUCUAUAUCACCGGUCCAGAAAAGGGCCAAGUCGCAAGAGCGAAGGUGCCCACCGAAGAUCUUCUGCGUCGUUCGUUCCGAGUACGCGAAAAUGGCAGUCGUAGAUCAACAACAAUCAGUUGCACUCAAGUUGCACUUCAUCAAGCUACUAAAGCUCAAUAUGCUGGGUACAGUGCAAUGACGUGA